CUUUGGAUUUCAUUCAUUCGUCGGAGUUUUUUCACACCAUCGUGUGUGGCGCAGUGCAUCGUGAAUUUUUAUACAUUUUCUCAUUGGUAAUACACACUGCAAAACGAUUUUGUAACCGAGAUACGUUGUGAUUUUAUAGUAUUUUUAUUUAUACUCUACAUUUCCUAGUGAUUUAAGUGAGAAGUGACGAAACAAAGCGAUAGUUUGUCUUGCUACCGCUUCCGAAGUUCAUGUUGUGAAUAUUGUGUACGUUGUUUUUGUGAAUUCUACGUAUUACACGAUGUCUGAUAAUGCGAAAUUGACCGAGGAGGAGCGUGCCGAGAUCAGGGAACAGUUCGCGCAGAUCGACACAAGUGGAAAUGGCUACAUAGACCUGAAGGAGCUGAAGGAGGCGCUCGACAGCGUCGGCUACAAAAUACCACAAUGGAAGGUGCGCUGCAUGAUCGAGGAGUACAACGACAGCGGCUCGCGGCGCGCGCGCAACGCCGUCAACGGCAACGUCAACGGCGACGCGACCAGCAACAACGGCAUCUCGCUGCACGAGUUCGAGGAGCUGUGCGCUAACUUGAAGCAGCAGCAGGUGGCCAGCACAUUCAAACAGGCUGUUAGUAAAAAGGAAAAUCUGGAACAUUUGGGCGGCAUGAGCGAAGCUUCCAGUGAUGGUACAACGCACUCGGUCCGCAUGGAGGAGCAGAUGGCGUUCUCGGGCUGGAUCAACAGCAACCUGGAGCUGGACCCCGACCUGAGGCACCUGCUGCCCAUCGACCCCGAGGGCAAACAGCUGUAUGAGAAGCUGAAGGAUGGGCUUAUAUUGUGCAAAGUGAUAAACCACUCGUGCCCCGACACAAUAGACGAGCGCGCCAUCAACAAGAAGAACCUGACUCUGUACACGAAGCACGAGAACCUGACGCUGGCGCUGGUCUCCUCGCAGGCCAUCGGCUGCAACAUCGUCAACAUCGACGCACACGACCUGGCCAAAGGCAAGCCUCAUCUAGUGCUGGGUCUGUUGUGGCAGAUCAUCCGCAUCGGUCUCUUCAACCAGAUCACGCUGGAGCACUGCCCGGGACUCACUGAGCUGCUCAAUGAUGAGGAGCGCAUAGAAGACCUGCUAGCCCUCUCCCCGGAAGCCAUCCUCCUCCGCUGGGUGAACCACCAGCUGGCGCUGGCGGGCGUCGCGCGGCGCUGCACCAACCUGCAACAAGACGUGGCGGAUUCAGAGCUGUAUUCAUACUUGUUGAAGCAGAUCGCGCCCGCCGAUGCUGGGGUCAACCUGGACGCUCUUAGGGAAACGGACCUGCUCAAGCGAGCCGAGAUAAUGCUGCAACAAGCGGCCAAGCUUCGGUGUCGCGCGUUCGUGAGCCCCGCGGACGUGGUCGGUGGGGUCUACAAGCUCAACCUGGCCUUCGUGGCCAACCUGUUCAACCAGCACCCCGGGCUAGAGCGGGCGCCUGAUGCCCAGCCGUUCCAGCAGGUUGAAGAGACUCGGGAGGAGAAGACGUACCGCAACUGGAUGAACUCGAUGGGCGUGGCGCCGCACGUGAACUGGCUGUACUCGGACCUGACGGACGCGCUAGUCAUCUUCCAGCUCUACGACAUCAUCAAGCCGGGGAUUGUUAACUGGAAGAAGGUGCACCGCCAGUUCUCCAAACUGCGCAAGUUCAUGGAGCGCCUCGAGAACUGCAACUACGCCGUGGAGCUGGGCCGCCAGCUCGGCUUCUCGCUCGUGGGCAUCGCCGGCGCCGACAUCAACGAGGGCAACGCCACCUUGACUCUAGCUCUAAUCUGGCAGCUGAUGCGCGCGUACACUCUGUCCGUGCUGACGCGGCUGGCCAACACCGGGAACCCCAUCAUCGAGAAGGAGAUCGUGUCGUGGGUCAACAACAAGCUGCAGCAGGCUGGGAAGACCUCCAGUAUAAGGAGUUUCCAGGAUGAGGUGUUGGCUGACGGCAAGGUAGUGAUCGACCUGAUCGACGCCAUCAAGCCCGGCGCCAUCAACUACGACCUGGUGCUCAGCGGAGCCACAGAUGAGGAAAAGCACGCGAACGCGAAAUACGCGAUCUCGAUAGCGCGUCGGUGCGGCGCGCGCGUGUACGCCCUGCCCGAGGACAUCACGGAGCGCAAGCCCAAGAUGAUCAUGACGGUGUUCGCGUGCCUCAUGGCGCUCGACUACAUCCCUAGCAUGGACGCGCCCGUCGUCGCCAACGCCGUAUCGUCUCGGGAGGCAGUUGAGGUCACCACGGCGGUAGAAGAUGCCUCUGAAGACACCUUCGAAGACUUGGACGAUUCGGGUCUCGGUCCACAGAUAGUAGAUAAACCAGCGUUACCUCCAAAACCAAGCAAUUUGACACUUUCGUCAAGACAAAACUCUACCAACGAAGAAUAAUCUUUUAUCUAAGUAUCUACUUACGUUUAAUUUAUUUUUAUACUGUCGUAUGCUUUGUAAUUUUUAAUUUAUAAUGUAUUUUUUAUUUACUGUAUUGGAAAAGUUAAAUCUAAAUUAGUUAAUUAAUACAGUAACAGAAUUUCUAUUUUAAUAUCAUGUUUUUUUUAUUCAAUAAAGUUUUUAUAUAUUUUUCA